AUGAAAAUACAGAUUUUUCGUUUGGCAGCACCGCCAGGACGAUUAGCAACAUCGGUGUUCCGACUUCAACUACACAUGUUAACAGGGGCACCCAUUGCUAUACUUUUUCCUGUAAUAAAUACUCGAUUGUUGCCAUUUGAGACAGAAGUAUACUAUAUACAACAUUUGCUGAUGCUAGUCAUUCCAUUCUACUUACUCAAAAUCGGAGGUUCUUAUACUGCUGAGCCUGUGUUAGACUUUAGCUGGGCUUUAGUGUCUAUGGGAAUCCUGUACAUCAUAUACUUUGUACCAGUGCAGUACCUGGCCUAUAUAUCAAAGGUGAACCUGAAUAACAUGCUUUGUCCAGCAGUAUCAGACCCAUUUCAUGGACCAUAUUAUCGAAUCUGUGCAAUUACGCAUCAAGGACUUCUCAUACCAACUCUGGGCAAGUUUUACACUUGGCUCUCAAACAAAUUCCUCCGAUCUUCAGUGAAGGUGGAGGAGGAGUUGGUAUUUAAGAUUGACUGGGCACUGGAACCUCCGCCUAUUGACAAUCUCAGCGGCAAGAACGGCGUCAUUAGCCACCAGGACCACCAACCCAACCCCAAUAACGGACAUCUAAAGUCCUCCUGAAACAAACCUAACUUUAAUUCUACAAAAAGGACUUUCCUUGGUGUCAAUAUUUCUUUAUUUUAGAUUGAAUAAUAUUUGUGAAUAGAUGUGUUUCACAAAUGUGA